AUGGGUAUAUGCAAUACCGGAUUUACCGACUGCAACAAAGAUCCGUCAGAUGGGUGUGAAAUCAAUACUGCUGCUGAUCUUAAGAACUGUGGUAGUUGCGGAAGUGCUUGCUCGUUUCCAAAUGCAGCUGCGUCUUGUAAUACUGGCAAAUGCACAAUGGGUGCUUGCAACAUUGGAUAUGCCGACUGCAACAAAAAUCCGUCAGACGGAUGCGAAAUCAAUGUUAGUGGCCUGACGAACAUAGGUACCGAUAUAAACAACUGUGGUAUUUGCAGCUAUGUCUGCUCGUUUUCUAAUGCAGCAGCAUCGUGUAUCACCGGUACAUGUACGAUGGGUACUUGCAACACUGGAUUCGUUGACUGUAACAAAAGCCCAUCAGAUGGAUGUGAAAUCAACACUGGGAUUGAUCUUAAGAACUGUGGUAGUUGCGGAAAUCUUUGCUCGUUUUCAAAUGCAGCGGCGACUUGUAAUAAUGGUAAAUGCACAAUGGGUACUUGCAACGCCGGAUUUACCGAUUGUAACCAAGUCUCUUCGGACGGGUGCGAAGUCAACACAGCUGCAAGUGCCACCAACUGUGGCACCUGUAAUAACAUCUGUUCUUUCACCAAUGCACAAUCGCUAUGCAAUGGUGGUACUUGUAAAAUGGGUACAUGCAAUACCGGAUUUGCUGACUGUAACAAAAACCCAUCAGAUGGGUGUGAAAUCAAUACUGCUGCCGAUCUUAUCAACUGUGGUAGUUGCGGAAAUGCUUGCUCGUUUGCAAAUGCAGCUGCGACUUGUAACAACGGCAAGUGCACAAUGGGUGCUUGCAACACUGGAUUUACUGACUGUAACGGAGACCCAUCCGAUGGAUGCGAAGUCGAUACUCGUGGUCAAACGAGCAUAGGUACCGAUGUAAACAACUGCGGUAUUUGCCACUAUGUCUGCUCGUUUCCUAAUGCAGCAGCAUCGUGUAUCACCGGUACAUGUACAAUGGGUAGUUGCAACACUGGAUUCAUUGACUGUAACAAAAGCCCAUCAGAUGGAUGUGAAAUCAACACUGCGACUGAUCUUAAGAACUGUGGUAGUUGCGGAAAUAUUUGCUCUUUUUCUAAUGCGGCUGCGACAUGUAAUAAUGGCAAAUGCACAAUGGGUACUUGCAACACCGGAUUCACUGAUUGUAACAAAGUCUCUUCGGACGGGUGCGAAGUGAACACAGCUGCAAGUAUUACGAACUGUGGCACCUGUAAUAGCAUCUGUUCUUUCACCAAUGCACAGGCGCUGUGCAAUAGUGGCAGUUGUACAAUGGGUACUUGUAACACUGGCUUUGCUGACUGUAACAAAAAUCCAUCAGAUGGAUGCGAAAUUAAUACUGUAGUCGAUCUUAAAAACUGUGGUAGUUGCGGAAAUAUUUGCUCGUUUGCAAAUGCAGCUGCGACUUGUAAUAAUGGUAAAUGCACAAUGGGUGCUUGCAAUACCGGAUUCGCAGACUGUAACGGAGACCCAUCAGACGGAUGCGAAGUCAACACUCGUGGGCAAGCGAGUAUAGGUACCGAUAUAAACAACUGCGGUAUUUGCGGCUAUGUCUGCUCGUUUCCUAAUGCAGCAGCAUCGUGUAUCACCGGUGCAUGUACAAUGGGUGCUUGCAACACUGGCUUUGCUGACUGUAACAAAAACCCGUCGGAUGGGUGCGAAGUCAAUACUGGGAUUGAUGCUAAGAACUGUGGUAGUUGCGCGAAGACUUGCUCAUUUUCGAAUGCGGCUGCGACUUGUAACAAUGGCCAAUGCACAAUGGGUACUUGUACUAUGGGAUAUACCGAUUGUGACAAUAGCCCUUCAGAUGGAUGCGAAAUUAAUACUGCUGCUGAUUCCAAGAAUUGUGGUAUUUGCAACAAUGCCUGCAAUUUAUUUCAAGCGACUUCAACAUGUAGUAGUGGAGUUUGCACCAUUACUAGUUGCACUAGCGGCUAUAAUGAUUGUGAUCAAAAGUCAGGUGAUGGAUGUGAAUCGAAUUCUGCAAUUGAUGUCCAGAACUGUGGUGCUUGCAAAAUCGUCUGCAAAUACACUAAUGCAAUACCACUCUGCAACAGUGGCACAUGCAAUAUGGGUAUGUGCAAUUCUGGCUAUGGUGACUGUGACAAUAAUCCAGCCACUGGAUGUGAAAUACAAACUAGUAGUGACAUAAUGCACUGUGGCACUUGCACGAAGUCUUGUUCAUAUACUAAUGCAGCAGCUGUAUGCAACAAUGGGGUUUGCGCCAUGGGUGCUUGUGUCUCCGGAUAUGCUGACUGUGAUAAGGAUCCUUCGACUGGAUGUGAAACCAAUAUUGCUGCUGAUGUGAACAAUUGUGGCAUUUGCAAUACUGGUUGCAUUUUAUCACACGCGACUCCAACAUGCAGCAAUGGAGUUUGCUUAAUUAUGAAGUGUGACUCCGGUUACGCUGAUUGUGAUCUAAAGCCGAAUACCGGGUGCGAAAUCAGCACACUAGAUGAUAUUGCGAAUUGUGGCACUUGCGGUCUUAAGUGCUCUUUGAGCCACGCAUCGUCAAGCUGCAGCAGUGGAAAAUGUAUUAUUAGUAGUUGUAAUACAGGCUUUGGUGACUGUGAUAAUACAGCUGCUGAUGGUUGCGAAGUAAACGUGCUGACAAGUGCAACCAACUGCGGCAGUUGUGCUGGUACCUGCUCGUAUACGAAUGCAGCCCCAGGUUGCACCGCUGGUAAAUGCAGUCUUGGCACAUGUAAUAUGGGUUAUGCUGAUUGUGAUCUUGUCAGUUCGACUGGGUGUGAAACCAACACGCAGAUUGAUCCGAACAAUUGUGGUACUUGCAAGAAUGUCUGCAAUUUACCAAACACGAUGCCAAUAUGCACCAGUGGAGCGUGCACAACUAGUAUUUGCACUGGCGGCUAUAAGGAUUGUAAUGCAAAGCCAGCUGAUGGAUGUGAAUCGAAUCCUUUAACUGAUGUCCAGAACUGUGGUGGUUGUGGAACUGUCUGCAAAUACACUAAUGCAAUAUCACUCUGCAACAGUGGCACAUGCACUAUGGGUAUGUGCAACUCUGGCUACAGUGACUGUAGUCCAGUCAUUGGAUGUGAAACACAAACUAGUAGUGACGUAAAUAACUGUGGCAGUUGCAACACGGCCUGUUCAUUUAAUAAUGCAGCACCCGUAUGCAACAAUGGGGUUUGUGGCACAGGCACUUGCACAAGUGGAUAUGCUGACUGUGAUAAUAAGCCAUCGAACGGGUGUGAAAUCAAUUUGAACAGUGACUCAACGAACUGUGGUAGCUGUAAUUCUGGAUGCAGGUAUUUUAAUGCAGCGGCAAUAUGCAGUAGUGGCAGCUGCAAGAUGGGUAAUUGCAAUACCGGAUAUUUGGACUGCAAUAAAAACGCUGACGAUGGAUGUGAAAUCAACGGGUCUACUUGUCCUACGAUUCCUAUUGUUUUCCCCACAGCAUAG